AUGAAGCUAUUCCUCGCACCGAGCAUGACCGCGUUGACCUUUUUGGUCGCGUCGCUCGUCCACCCGAUCUCAGGCGAGGCGCAGUCUGGUGCGGAGGAAAUUAAGUAUAAACCCGUGGUGACGGCGUUCGAAGUGGACGUAUACAAGCAUACUCGGGAUGCCACGAAAAACAACGGGAACAUCGUCGUCAACGCACUGCAGCUGAUCGGGGCGCUACUACUGUCCUGCAAUGCGGCCGCCGGUGCCACGGAGAAGGAGAUCAAAACCCUCUUCAAACUGGACGACAGCACCUCCUGCCUGGAUCUGUUCGGGGUCCUCUUCAAGAUGUACACCACGGCGCCACACCGGGAACUGGAAUUCGACGCGUCGGACCAGGAGUUUAAUGACGUCUACUUCACGGCGAAUCGCGCGUAUGUCGAUAAGAAGAUUUCCUUGCACGAGAAGUUCGUGCAGAACCUGGUAAGAAAUUUCAACAUGACUCCGUUAGCCACGGACUUUGCCGCGGACCCGGAAGCCGCUCGGCAGGCCAUCAACACCUGGGUGAGCCAAAUCACGGAGGGAAAUAUCAAGGAAUUCCUGGUGCAGGGCAGUCUCACAGCGUCCAACCGGUUGGUCGUGUUGAAUGGGGAUUUCUUGCGGUUUCAAUGGGCCAACGUAUUCGACCCGGCGAAAACGGAGAAGAGUGGAUUCACCAAUGCGGAUGGGACGAAAUCGCAAGUACCGUUUAUGAGCCUGGGCGCGAAAGUCGGCUAUAAGAAAUUCGAUGCCGAAAAAAAUAUCCCGGCGUUCCAGGCGGUGCGGUUGUCCAGCAAAUGGGGAACGUAUUCGUUGUCGCUUCUCAUGCCGAAAGACGCCAAGGAUUUUGCCGCACUGGAGCACGCGUUGACGCCCGAGCUCAUUGACAAAGCCGUGGGUGCGAGCAUGAACCGGGAGACGAUCGACAUAAAGAUUCCCAAAUUCACCCUGAAUUCGGCGACCGAUUUCAGGAGUGUUUUGGAGAACAUGGGAGUGAAGCAGCUGUUCAGUAAAACCGCGGAUCUAUCCCGCAUGACCAAUGCGACCAUCGGGGUUGACGCAUGGAACCAUCACGCCAUGAUCGAAGCGAAUGAAUAUGGAUUGAAAGCACUGUCCACGAGUGCCCUGGUUAUCCGGAAAACCGUCAUGAAGAUUGAACUUCAAACUUUUGAUCACCCAUUCCUCUUCAUUAUCCAAAUUCAACCGACCGGAUACAUUACGCACAUGGGAAGAUUCAUUCCUCGAGAUACCUGUUCAGUGGAGUACGCGCAGACAGCAAUGAUGGCACAGAAAGAAGACACGUGUGUUACUAACGAGACGACGUUUCCCACCGGCGGCUGCUGGUCGGCGGUAUACCGGCUGCAGUCCAGCGUCAGAGCAAUGGCACCGCGGCGAGAAGAUGUAGCCGCCGAGACUGAGAAGCGUGAUCCAGACAACGGUGGCCAUCCACAGUGGACCCGUCUUUAUUUUCUCGCUCACAGUCGGCGGCUUUGUGGUGAAAUCGUGGUGGUCAGUAGUCCAUCUGGUCCAAUCAUGGUGGUCCAUCUUGUUGGUUUUGGCGGACAUUGA